ACACACAAUCAUGGCAGACAGCAAGCAAAUUCAGAUUCAGAUUCAGGCAGUCGCAAUUGUUGGAUUGUUGGUUGUGCAUUUUUGUUGUGCGUUGCCUUAUGGAUCGCAUGACAAUGACAUUGAUGGCAACUAUCAGGGCCCGGCGGGGGGCGGGGCAAGUGGGCGACCCGUGGACUAUCAUACGGUUGUGGGCCAUUUUAAGGACUUCUUCAUGUAUCUGCCGGUCAUGAUGACCACGCUGAAGGAAACCAUGUCCGGAUUCCCGAAAUUUGCCGAAGGCGUUCGCAUCUUAACCUCCGGCAAGGGACGAGUCGAUGGCGAGGAUUGCAAGUGCAAUCUGAAUAGCCUGGCAAGUGGAUCGAGCAGCGAGGUGCUGGAGAGCAGCAGACGUUAUGAUUGAAGAAUCUGAAGAUUUCUAGAACUGUGUAUAUUUCAUGUAAAUACUUAUGAAUAUUUAUUAACUAGUGCUAAGUACAAUAAAUAAAAUAA